UAAGACUUACGAAGUCCUCAAAGUAAGAUUGGUAAGGGAAAUCGGGCGAGUUUCUCAUAAUGAAGCAUUGACGCAGACGUAUAUGUAUGUAUAUAUAUAUAUACAUACUCUUGGUCUACGUACGUACGAAUUCGUGAGUUAUAUCAUAUCCUUUUGAUUUUAAAAGCCUUUUGAAUUUUGAAUUCAAACUCAUCAAAGUCUGUUAUUACAAUAACUUUUAUUUAUUCAUUUUUUUUUGUAAAAACUAGAGAAAGAAAGGAAUUAUUCUUAGUCAAGAAACGAUAAUAUACCGACAACUUUUUUCCCGGUAAUUUGCGACAGAAAUCGUUUGAACCGAAUAUUAAGUACAAAGACAGAUUCUUCCCGGACGCACUUUUAGCUUACAUAUAAUUUGGUAUAAUUUGUUCAACUUUAAUAUCUUAGUUUUGUUUCCUGUGCGAUUUCACAUUUUCAUCUUUCAUAAUGCAAAUUACUCGUGAAACUAAAUAUAUUCUCGGAAGUAUUUUGUCUUUGGGAAUCAGCUUUUCGACUUUGCUAGCUCAUAUAUUUUCGAGUCCGUCGCUUCCAUGGGUUUAUAAUCACAAUGCGACUCCCUUUUUCGCAAAUAAGAUCAUGCUGGGUACCUAUAUUGCGAUUGAAUACCUAUUCUUUCUCAGCAUGAACAUUCCUCUUCUAUUGCUUGGGGAUCAGGUUAACGAUUUCAGUUUCUCUAUCAUUCACUCCUCUAUUUGGUAUAACAUCCUUGUCAUUUUGACUGUUCUUACGUUUGUUCGCGAAAAGUUUUAUUGGACGGCCUUAUUGUCGUUACUUUUGUUUUCCACAGCGUUUACCAUGUACAGUCAAUCUCUUCGCUUAAGAAAUGGCGUCAUUGAAAUGCUUACCAUGAAAUUUCCUUCGAAACUCGUCUUUGGAAAAUCUAUCUGGUUUGUUGUCUAUGCCUUCUCAGUUGCCAUUCAUUGCCGGAGCAUCGGGUGUCGUGUAUUCUCUAACGUUUUCAUUUGGUUUGUUGCCAUCUUAUAUUUAGCACCCAUUUUGGGUUUUCAUGAUUGGGCUCUCUCUCUCAUCAGCGCUUACUUGUUUGGUGCCAUCGGUGUUGGUCAGCUUCUCAUUCAUCUUUUUGCCCUCCAACACAUCUUUGCCUUCAUCAUUUCUGGCCUAAUGACUCUCUUUGCUGGCCUUUUGUUCCUUCUUCCUUACAGACAAAGGCGUGCUUCUCUAACUGGCGAAAGCGCUCCACUUUUGCAAAAUGAUGCUGGUACCGUCCCUGCUGGUGGUGCCGUUUGAGCUUUGGGAAAAUUUUAUUUAGUUUUUAACGUCUUAGUGUCAAUGAAUGUUAUGAGCUCAAUAACAUGAUGCUGAUAAUGUAAGUUUCGAGACUUUCAACCACAUGAUCCAUGACGAUUAGUGUAAGUAAGUGAUAGUUAAGGUGAACAAAAGUAUAAGUUUUAAGGCGAAAAAUUUACUCAGGGUUUGAUCUGGACACGGAUGGCUUCCAUCCACAACUUCAUGAGUCUUUUGAAAUUGACUUCAAUGUGUUAGUUGAAUGACAGAAAUUAUGACCCUUGCCAUGAAUGUACCGUAAUCGCUGUCUGUCCACUUUCCAUUUGUAUACCGUACAACUAGAAUGGUAUGACUGAAGUUUUGGUUCGAAGUUCUUUCGGUUUGAGGGUAUUGAAUAAAUAACUGACAGCGAGCUAAUCAGUAUUCAAAAGAAAUAUGACGAAAUAUGAAGGUUAUAUCAAACCUGAACGUGAUCAAGUAGCCAAUCCAAAACCUCAUAAUACCAACGAAGCAUGUUUACUGUUUUUGGUACCCAAUAGCUUUCGUCUACAAAUAAUAAAAGCUUACCAGGAAUCUUUCUGUACUGUAAAGCGGAAAAGGUAGAUAAAACUUCGCCUUCCUCUAUUCGGUAAUCUUUAGAACUACGAAUUACAAGUUCAGAUGUGUCCCAAUUCCGAACAAAGUUGGAUGGACUCGAGCGCUUAUAAAAAUGUUGAGUUUCCCAAGGAGUACCACCAAAAUCAGGUAUAAAUGGAAGCGUAUCUGCGUUAUAUAACGUGUUUGUACUAAUGAAGAUACCAUCGUGACAUACCAGAGCUCAAAACGACGACCCAAAGGAUGUCCCUGGGUCCAAUUAAUCAUGUACCUUUCAUAGGAAGCACCUAGUGCAACCAUUCGAUCUUUACCUUGGGUCCAUUGCGACAAAUACGAGAUCAUAAAAAGUUGUAUCAAAGUCUGAAAAGCCACCAAACUGUGCGAUAGGACACUCAAGUCAUGUUUGUUGAAGUAAAUCCACAGCCUUCUCAGUAACUAAUUCAAAUUCGCCAAUGGAACCCUUCGUUUCUUGAAGGAUAAUUGCGUAUAAGUUGUUUCUGUCACAAAUUUCCAUCUGUAUCAGAAACGAACUGGUAAAUAGUCAUAAACAUGGAUGUUUUAAUGAUUGUGUAGAUCGUAUCUUUCGGAAAUAUCAAAAGAUAUGAAGAUUACGCGAAAGCGAACACUGUCUCCAGCAAUAAGCAGCUCUGAAAUAGAGGUAUUAUAACUGUAGAGGACACGCUCUGUUAACCAUUGAGGAGACCUAACACCUUUUCCAAUUCCUGAUCGUUCUAUACACCAAGUAAAUACCUGCUUCGAAGCUAUGCGUCGAAAAGGAAUAACUGAACUCUGUAAAUAGAACCAAUAAUCUUUGGCAGUUGCUUACGGCAGGAGAACAUCUUGGGGCCUCCAGCAUUACUUUGACAUCAAACAAUGCUGUUGCAACAUUUGCCAUCGUGAACACCAGUAGAAGAUAAUUUCAGUUGAACAAUAUCAUGCAAAAAGAUUCAGUCCUAGAAAAGGGAAAGAGAAAGGGUAAGGAAGUCUUGUCAAUGGAUUAUUUAAAAAAUUCUAUACUUGUGACUCACUCUCAGUCCAGCUCAUCUUAUGCGAAUUCUGAAGAAUAUAAAAAAACAAAGCUUAAACAAUAGAAAAAAAAGGGUAAAGUUUCUUAGUGAAACUUGAGUGAGGUCAACAAAUUGUCUAAAGUCAAGAACUUUCCUUUCAAUGCAAAUCUCAAAAGGUAGAGUAGCUUGCUAAGCUUUCUUAUGGAAGAAUAUUGUCAUAGAAAAUAGAAUAUUUCCUCAAAAUCACCUAGGAAAUAUCCAUAUAACUCAUUUUCAGUUAAUACAAGCAACCCAUUUGGUACUUACUCUCGACACCUCAGAGAUUCCAUACGUGUUCAGUCAAUAAUAGCGAACAGUAAUGUCUAAAAAAAAGACUUAUGCUUCCAUUGUAAAAUGUAUAAUUCUUAGUUGUUGAAUAUAUUCACUCAGAAAAAACAAUGCUACAGCCAG